AUGACGCCUAAAGGAUUUGGUUUCCUAACCAGCUUAAACUGCCUUGUAAUUGGUCCCUUCUCAGAUGAUAAUGAUCAUGAAAAUUCUUCAAUUUACAAUGAAUUUGAUUGGUCUGGUUUGAUAUCCUCCUCCUAUUCAUCAUCAACACUUCGUGAACUAAAAUUAUAUGGGUUGCCACACAUGGAUUCGCUGCCAUUUCUGCUCCAAUACUUGACCACCCUCAUAUCACUAUCGCUACAUGACUUUGGAGGUAUAGAAGCUCUACCAGAUUGGCUCGGAAACUUUACAGCUCUUGAGUACCUGGAUUUAUCUGAUUUCAAAAAGCUUCGACAUUUACCCUCUGACGAUGCCAUGAGACGCCUCACCAAAUUAAAGCAUUUGCGGGUUUUUUGUUCUCCUCUCUUAAAAGAAAGAUGCACUCCUCAGAGUAGUGGCCCUGACUCCCAGUGGUCCAAGGUUUCUCAUAUUCAAUACCUAGACAUCAGUAGUGGUUAA